AUGGAGCAAGACACAGCACCAUUAAGGUCUAGUUCGCUAGAUAAAGAUGCAAGAACAGAGGAUACACUGCAAUACAGCUAUGGACCUGGCCUCGACUCUGGUGCCCUCGACGAGAGGUAUCCAAACCGCCCACACAACCACUCUGUCACCCUGCCCUUCUCCGCGUUGUUUCAUAACCUCCUUAACCCCCUCGCGGAGAUCAAGGCGCAGCCCGCCUCUCGAGGACCGCCACGUGCCAAGCAAGGCCAUGGCCGUGGCUCCUCUCGAAUUUCCCCCCACGAGCAGCGUCGAGGUGUUAUCAUGCGCUUCAUGUCCCGCUGGCGGUCGGAGGUCGGAGAUGAUUUCUAUCCUGUCCUGCGCCUCAUAUUACCAGACAAAGACCGUGACCGCAGUGUAUAUGGUCUGAAGGAGAAUACGAUUGGAAAGCUGCUUGUGAAGCUCAUGAAGAUCGAUAAGAACUCCGAAGACGGAUACAACCUCCUACACUGGAAGCUGCCAGUUUGUGCUGCGGCUAGCAGCUUGGCUGGAGAUUUUGCAGGGCGCUGCUAUGAGGUCCUGGCGAAGCGGCCGCUGCGAACCGAAGUUAGUGAUUUGCGGAUUGGCCAGGUGAAUGUCCUGCUAGACAAGCUUGCCGACUGCAGCGGCGAGAUUGAACAGCUGUCAAUCUUUGAGGUAUUCUAUCAGCAUAUGAAUCCAGAGGAGCUGGCCUGGCUCAUCCGCAUCAUCUUAAAGCAGAUGAGGAUCGGUGCCAGCGAACGGACAAUUCUCAAUCUCUGGCAUCCAGAUGGCGAGGCUCUCUUUAACGUCUCUUCCAGCCUCCGACGCGUGUGCUGGGAGCUUUGCGACCUGCAGGUGCGCUUGGAACAGGACGAGGCUGGUGUGGCUCUCAUGCAAUGUUUCCAGCCACAGCUGGCCCAGUUCCAGAUGCCGGCUUCCUUCCAGAAGAUGGUCGAAAAGCUAGGGUCAACCGAGGAUGACCGGGAGUUCUGGAUCGAGGAAAAGCUUGACGGCGAACGCAUGCAGGUGCACAUGAUGGAGGAUCAUACGUUGCCUGGUGGAAGACGCUUCUGUUUUUGGUCUCGAAAGGCCAAAGAUUACACUGACCUCUACGGACACGGCUUCGGGGACAAGAAGGCGGCCCUUACACAGCACUUGCGCCUGGCUUUUACCGAAGGGGUUCGUAAUCUGAUUCUGGAUGGAGAGAUGAUCACAUGGGACCCAAAAUUGGACAAAAUGGUGGCCUUUGGUACUCUCAAAACUGCGGCUCUCGGAGCACAGAACAAUCCGCACGACUUGAUGGCCCCAAGGCCGUUGUUCCGCGUCUUUGAUAUCCUGUAUCUCAACGAUCAACUGCUGACCCGCUAUACCCUACGGGAUCGGCACCGGGCUCUGGAGAAGGCGGUCAUUGGCGUUCCGCGGCGCUUGGAAGUUCACUCACACCUGGCUACAACAGAUCCAGGCACGGUUCAGCCCAUGCUCCGGCAGAUUGUGGCCGACUCUUCGGAGGGGCUUGUAUUGAAAAAUCCGCGGUCGAUGUACCGGCUCAAUAGUCGCAACGACGACUGGAUCAAGGUCAAGCCGGAGUAUAUGACUGAAUUCGGGGAGUCCCUCGACUGUGUCGUGAUUGGGGGCUUCUUUGGUUCGGGGCGCAGAGGGGGGAUGCUAUCUAGCUUCCUGUGCGGACUGCGCGUAAGCCAAAAUCAGAUAGACUCUGGCGCGAAUCCGGAAAAAUGCCUGAGCUUCUUCAAAGUAGGCGGUGGGUUCAAAGCUGAAGAUUACGCAGAGAUUCGGCACCUGACCGAAGGUAAAUGGAUCGAGUGGGACAGUUCCAACCCGCCACGCGAUUAUAUCGAGCUCGCCGGCGACGAGGCUGGCCAGGCCGAAAAGCCAGAUGUUUGGAUCAGGCCCAGAGACUCCGUGGUGCUAUCUGUGAAGGCAUCCAGCGUCUCGCCGUCAGACACCUUUGCCGUGAGGGAGACGUUGCGAUUCCCUCGUUUCCGCCGGCUACGCCUCGACCGGGCCUGGGACACAGCUCUUGACACAGACCAGUUUCGGCUGCUGCGGGCUCACGCAGAUGAAGUGACAAAGGAGAGGAAGGAAAUGGAGAUCGAGAACCGACGGCAGCGGCGACCAAGCAAGAAAAGCAGGCUCGACUUGGUCGUGGCAGGACAGAGCCGGCAGCAGGGCCAGGAUGCCGAAGCCACAAAAGCGUCUAAGCCUGCCGCGGCAUCCACCAGCAACACGUUUUCUGGCAUGGAGUUCUGUGUUCUCUCGGAAGCGGCCAGGCCACUGAAGAAGAGCAAGGCCCAGAUAGAAGCGCUAAUCAAAGACCACGGAGGCCGCCUAUGCCAACAACCGAAUGCAGCAUCGGGAAUGAUCAUCGUGGCGGAUAAAAAGGUCGUCAAGGUGGCGUCUCUCAUCCGGGCAGGUGACGUGGUUAUCGUGAAGCCGCAGUGGCUUUUUGACUGUCUGUCUCAGAGCGGAGGGGGGUUUCUGCUACCUUUUGAGACAAGCCACCUCUUCCAUGCCACUAAAGCUGCAGAAAUGAAAGCCAAACGGCAGACGGAUGCAUUUGGCGAUAGUUUUGCCCGAGAUAUCGGAGUCGACGAACUGAGGGGCAUCUUGGAUGGAAUGCAUGUCAGUAGCAACGAUGCCGACGCAUUGUUAAAGAAAGACGUGUUCCUUGACCAGCUCGAAGAACAUGGCCACGAUUUGGGACAACUGAAAGGACUCACAUUUAGGUGUUGCUCUGUAUAUUUUGCAACUACGGGUGCAGCGCCGGCAAUAAACCUGCUGCAGCUAAAGAAUUACGUGCUCUUUGGUGGAGGCAGAGUGGCAAACAGCUUGGAGGAUGCAGCCUUGACGCAUAUCAUUGUUCUCUGCCGCGAUGGCAAUGAUGUGGAUGAAGAUGGUGGCGCCGAUGGAGGCGAGUUGGCAGCAGAGAUUAGACGUCUGAUGAGCUCGAGGACGAGACAACCACGGAUCGUGAGUACAGCAUGGGUCGAAGCGUCGUGGAAAGAAGGUACGCGGCUCGACGAGGAGCGAUUUGUUCAUGGAUGA